AUGAAAAAGAGUAAUAUCUCAUAAAGCUAAUCCUCUUCAAGUAGAAUAUUUGAUUCUCAAUUGGGAGAGGAAAUGAACGAUGCUAUGGAGAAUGUUUAAGUUGCUGUUAGGAUAAGGGGCUUAAAUCAAAGAGAAUAAGAUUCUCUCUAAACAAUAUGCGUUUUAAAAGAUGACUUGAUUAAAGGAAGGCUAACUAUAGGCCAUACUAAUAAUGCUAUAGUUUAAGAUUUGAAAGAGUUUUACUAUGAUUAAGUUUUUGGGCCUAAUGAUUCACAAUAAGCACUCUUUGAAAAUGUUGGAAAAUAAAUGGCAUUAGCCUGCUUAAGCGGGUACAACGUUUGCAUAUUUGCAUAUGGAUAAACAGGAGCGGGAAAAACAUUUACUAUGAUGGGUAAUGAUGAAGAUAAAGGUUUAAUUCAAAGGAUUUUAAAUUUUAUAUUUGCUAAAAUGAAAAGCAGAAAAUAGGAAUUUGUUAUUUAAAGUCAAUAUUAUGAAAUAUACAUGGAGGAAAUUAUUGAUUUAUAUUAACCUCAGAAAAAUAAAAAUGUUCGUGUUAUAGAAGAUUUUAAUGGAGUGAGAGUGGAAAACUUGUCAACUGUUUAAAUUACAAAUCAUUAGUAAGCAGUCGAAUUAAUAUAAAAGGGGUAGAAAAAUAGGCACAUUGGCGCCACAAGAAUGAAUGCAGAAAGCUCAAGAUCUCACUCAAUAUUUUCAAUGACUAUAAACUUAAAAGAUAAAGAUCCUUCAAGUGGUGUUGUGAGAGAACGAUCUUCAAAGCUUCAUUUCGUUGAUUUAGCAGGAUCUGAAAGGUAAAAGUAAACACAAGCUACUGGUUAAAGGCUUAAAGAAGCUGCAUAAAUCAAUCAAUCUCUAUCAACGCUAGGUAUAGUCAUUCAUGCACUAGCCGAAGGGUAGAAGAAGAUAUGUUAUAGAAAUUCGAAGCUUACCCAUAUCUUAAAGGAUAGCUUGGGAGGUAAUUCUAAAACUUUGAUGAUAGCAAAUGUUAGUCCAUCGUAGGAUUCCUAUGGAGAGACUUUAAGUACACUAAAAUUUGCUGAAAGAGCUAAGUACAUUAAGAAUAGAGCAUUAAUUAAUGAGAAGCCAAGUGAAAAUCUUGAAAAUUUGAAAAAAGAAAUCCUAUCACUUAAAGAAGAACUUGAACUUGCUUUUAAAAAUAAUAAACUUCAGCAAGAACUGAUAUCUAGCUACAAUAUUAAAAAAAAUGAAAUAUCUAAUAGCCCUCUAAUAAGUUAAGAAGCCUAGGCUAGUCCUUCUUUGACUGAAGAGGAAAAGUAAAUGCUAAUUAAAAGUGUCGAUGAAUUCUAGAACUGGCUGAGAGAGUUCUUAAAAGAAAGUGGAUUUUUAGAUUUUAUUUAAGAAUUAAGAUAAAGAAUGGGUAUUAACAUUAAUGAUAUGAUGUGUGUGGAGAGUGCAAGGGAUGUGGAUUCUUAACAAUGGUCUUCUCUAUUCUAAGUUCCUGUAGAAAAUCUAAAAGAAUAUAUUAAAACAAUAAUGGAAUUUAACAAGUACACAGGAAUGAUAACAGGAUAAUAUGAUAUAGAUUUAAAGAAUAAGAAUGAGUAGCUAAACAGUUAGAUACAUUAAAUAAAAGAAGAAUUAAUAAAAAAGGAUUUGUAAAUGGUUGACUGUAGAAAUUCAAUUAUAAAUGAAAUGAAAGCUUAGUCGCAAAUAGGGUCAGAUUAGAAAGAUUAGACAAUUGCAGAGUUAAAGUCUAUGUUAGAUUAAUAUCAGGCAGAGAAUAAUUAACACCUAAACUCUAUUGCUUAAAUGGAAGAAGAAAUUUAAAGAAAAGAUGAGUCAAUUAGUAAUUUACACUAAAAAAUAACUAAUUUACUUAGCGAAAUAUAAAAAAUUAAAAAGAAAAAUAGCUAUGUUGAUCUGGAAUAGAAGGAGAUAAAUGAAAAUUUGCUAAAAAUUAAUGAAUAAAAUGAAAUUAAAUUAAAAUAACUUUAAAAUGAAAUCGAUAACUUGUAAAUGUAAAACGUUUCACUUUAAGAAGAGCUCGAAUCAGAAUAACACAAAUAUUUUUUGUAAAAGGAGGAGUAUGAAAGUAAAUAAGAGAAAACUUCUACCUUGCACUAAACUAUUUCUUAUUAACUUAAGUUGAUUGAAGAUUUACAAAAGCAGAUUGCUGAGGAAAAUAAAUAAAUAAACCUUAUUUAUAAAAAUUUUUCUAUAGAAAAAGAGAUACCAGGAGUUCCACCAUAUAGCAAUUUAUGGAAGUAUAUAUAAAAUACAGUCACUGAUCUUUGUUGUGAAAAGGAUCAAAAAAAUAGUUUAAUAGAAGAAAUACAAGGAAUGUGCUUGCAUGAAUCUUCCUUGCUCAGAGCAAAAAGUGAAUAGAUUCUCAAAUUAAAUCAAGAAAGUUAAAUAAAGAGAGAAGAAGCUAAAAUUUAAUAAAGCAGCUUAAUGUAAAUACAUGAAAGCUAAAUCGAAUAGUAAAAGCAAGAAUAAAAAAAGAUGCCCAUAGAUAACUUGUUCGAAAAUAUUCAUAUAAACAAUAAUUAAGUAAAAAUAAAUGUAUAAACAGUACUUAAUAAAGAGUACCUCUAGGAGUACAUUUAAAUUUAAAGUUAAUAGCUUAUUACUUGGAAUAUUAUAGGAAAGCAGGUAAGUGAUUAGACUGUAAAAGAAAACAAUACAAAUUUUAUUGUAAGUCCUCAAGUAAGCAAGCAAGAAGAACCUAAUAAAAGCAGAAAUAAUAAAUAUAAUUCUAAAGAAAUGCCUAAAAAUAAAUCUUAAAGUGAAAUACGCUAUGGGAGCAGUUAAAAAUAAUUUUAGUAAUCACAUAAUAACCCACAGUUAAAAUAACAAAAGGAGUUCAACUUAGGCGAAAAAUAAAAGAUUGAUGCUAUCUAACAGCUAAUCUAAGAUAACAAAGUAUUAUGUGAAGGACUUAUUUUAAAGUUAGAUGAAGCUGAUAGACUUAAGUAAGAAGUAAAAACUGCAAAAGAAGAAAUUUUCAAAAUAAAGCAAGAUUAUGAAAACAACAUUUAAAAGUACUAAGAAAAAUUUUAGUAAAAUUAGAAUCAACUCAACUAGUAGCUUUCUUAAAUCAUUUCGUUUGAUAUAAUUAAGCAAAACCUUGAAGAAGAAAUUAAUAAUCUUAAAGAAGAAAAUGAAUAUAUAAAAUAAGUUUUAGCUGAUAACACAUAAAGGUUGGAGGAGCUUACAAAGGAAAAAGAUUAAGUUGAGGAUUCUAGUUUUUUUUAUGAACUUUAAAGCAAAAAGUUCUAAGAUAGGUUGAUAAGUAUUUAAGCAGAAAAUGAUGAAUAGAAGUAGUAAAUUUAAGAGCAAUAUACUGUUUUAAACUCAAAUAAAAAAUAGAUAUAAGAUCUACAAAAAGAAUUGUCUAAUGCUUAGUCUAAAUUGAUAGAAUCUAAUUAAAAAAUAAUAUAUCUUCAAUCAUCUUAGCAGUCUAAUAAGAAUAAUUGUAAUUGUUAGAUUGGAAGAUAAUUUAGUAAUUAAUCUGUCAAGCAAAAUUUAAAUCAAAAAUUUUAAACAGUUUCACCAGCUCAUAAAAAUACUAAUGACAAGAAUCAAUCUAAUUCUGAAAUAAAUAGUGAAAAGAUUUGGGAAUUAUAAAAUUCACCUUUGUAUGCCAAGAAAAUUAAUAUGGAUUAAAACAAUCAAUAAUCAGAUAAAUAGCAGAGUAAUAAUUUAAAUGUAAUAAAGUAAGGAAAUGUCAGUGAAUCGAGUGAGUUCUUCUCUGCUUAUAGCUCCUUUAGCAAAGUUGAAGCAUUUUCACAAAAGGCUUCUCAACCAGCGAGCUAUCAAAAUAGUUGCAACUAAGAACAAAAUUAACUAAAAAGCAAUAAAUAAAUAAAUAAUUUUAGUGAAAAAGAAAGUGUCUAAAAAUAACUUAAUUUUAAUUUUUCAAACGAUAAUCAUCUUUUAAACUAAAAUUAAUCAGCAUAAUUCGCAAUUUUUAACAAUUCAAAAUAAGAUUAAUUACAAGAAAACACAUAAUUACUCCAAUAGUAAAAUAAAGGUUAAAAUUUAAAAUAAAUUUUAGAGAGUAAUUUAAAUCAAAAAUAGCCAAAUAUUCAACUACAAAAUUAAAAUUCAGAAAAAAAGUAAUUAAAAUAAUAAAUGCAUGAAAACUAAUAAUUAAUCAAUAAUUAAUUAAAUAGCUUAAAUCCUAUUUAAUUAAUAAAAUAAUUUGAAUAAUAAUAAAAAUUAUCUUCAACUUAAUCAUUAUCAAACAAUAAUAUAUCCAGCAAUUAAUCUCUAUCUGACAACAUAAAUACAAAGAAAAAAAGAUCAUUCUUACAAUUAUUAGACUAAAUUGAAGAGGAUGAAUCUGAAAACAAAUAUUGCCCAAUCGAACUUAUGUAAACAAUGUACAAUAAAGAUGAUAAUUAGCCAGUUGAUACUUAAUUUCAUGCUAAAUAGGGGAAUCAAAGUGAAGAUGAAGAUGAUGACGAUGAAGAUGAUAUUUAAGUUAUUCAAAAGAUUUUUAAUUUAAAAGAUAAUGUUAGCAAAAAGAGAUUUAGUGAAAAUGAAAAGUAAAAAUAACCAUGA